GGGUUGAUAAACUGAUCCGUCAUUUACACAAACACAACAUACCCAUAGCUGUUGCCACCAGCUCAGCUGAAGUGACAUUUCAGAUGAAAACUACCAGACACAAAGAGUUCUUUGGUCUUUUUCAUCAUAUUGUGUUGGGAGAUGACCCCGAGGUGAAGCGUGGCAAGCCGCAGCCUGAUGCAUUUCUAGUUUGUGCAAAUAGAUUUCACCCUCCUGCACCUCCAGAGAAG